AUGAGUAUUAAGGGGUUUACCAAAGGAAUUGCGAGAGCACCUACUAUGGUGAAACGGAAGUUCAACAUAGGUACUCAAGCAGAAGAGGAUCCAGUGUUUGUUGAUGCAGAAAGAAGAUUCAAAGAAUUCGAAGUGGAAACCAAGAAAUUAUCCGAAGAAUCUAACAAAUAUUUCAAAGCUGUCAAUGGGUUGCUCGACCAUCAGAUCGAAUUCUCAAAGGGGAUUGAAGAGAUUUACAAACCUAUAUCUGGUAAAGUGUCUGAUCCAAAUCACACAAUUCCUGAAGAUUGCCCAGAAGGUUUAGAAGCGUGCGAGGCUUAUAGAGCAUUGGUCACCGAGAUGAAGUCCAGUCUUGCUCCUGAUCUCUCAUUAAUUGAAGAGAGAAUCAUCAACCCUGCCAAGGAAUUGUUGAAAGUGAUUGAGACCGUUAGAAAGAUGUUGACCAAGAGAAACCACAAGAAGGUUGAUUUGGAUAGACACACCGACUCUAUGACAAAGAUCGAAAAUAAAAAGGAGAAGUCCGUCAAAGACGAGGAAAGAUUAUACAAAGCCCAAGCAAAUGUGGAAAUUGCUCAACAAGAAUAUGAUUAUUACAAUGAGAUUUGCAAAACUGAACUACCACAGCUAUUCCACUUGGAAGCAGAAUUUAUCAAACCGUUGUUUGUAUCAUUUUAUUACAUGCAAUUGAACAUCUUCUACACAUUAUAUACCAGAAUGGAAGAGCUCAAAAUUCCUUACUUUGAUUUAAACUCCGAUAUUGUGCAAAGAUUCAUCGAAAAGAGAGGUAAUGUUGAAGAAUUGACCGAUGCUAUUGGUAUUUGCCAUUUCAAGACUAAUUUCGCUAAGACUAAAUUGGAAAUGACUAGAAGAAAAUACGGGAAGGCAGACGAGGCUGCAGAAGAAGCCGCUGGAUCCGCAUCGCCUUCUUAUCUACCAGCAUACUCUCCACAAGGCCAAUCACCAGCGCCAACUGGAUCUGGGCAACCAGCAGCCACUCCAACUUAUGGCACUGCUCCACCAGCUUAUACAGCAUCACCGACCUCCACUGCAUAUUCUAGUGCUGGAAGUGCUUAUGCUGCCCCAACCACAGCUGGCACAGCAUAUAGCUCCCCUGUCGCUACUCCUCUAGCUGCUGCUAUCCCAGCUGUCCCAGUCCCAGCUGCUCCUCGUGCACCAGCCCUCGAAUAUUGUACCGCAUUAUAUGAUUACACUGCCCAAGCCGAAGGAGAUUUAUCCUUUGUUGCAGGAUCCGUUAUCCAGAUUGUGCAAAGAACCGAGGAUCAAAAUGGUUGGUGGACUGGGGUCGUUAAUGGCCAACAAGGUGUUUUCCCUGGUAACUACGUGCAAUUGAACCAAUAG